UGGGCACUGAAGUUGUAGGCAGCGCUUACGCAUGCGGAUACCCCGCACCGGGGUGACGCCCCGCACAGCGCCCCGCGUCCCGCGUGCGUUUAUCACGCUUUACAAUAGAUACCUAUAUGAAAUUGUUCUUUGCGCAUGCGUAAAAUUUCACGCUGCGGAUCAUACGCAGCAUGAGUUUCAGUUUUCUACGGGCUGCGUAACCGUAUAGACGUGUUCAAAAAUGAUCAAUGUCAGAAGAAUAUGUGUCGCUUACAUACUUUACAAACGACGAAACAAGAAGACAAGAGUACAUGUUGAUCCCUUUCUUGAAAAUAGGCUUCUUGCUGGGGCGUUUGUUACACGCUUUGGAAAACUACAAAAUAAUGAACGUAAAUUUAAAAAUUACUUUCGAAUGUCCAUUCGUUCUUUUGAUGAACUGUUGUGUAAAAUUGAGAAUAAGCUACAAAAAAGCAGUUUACGAAGGAUUACAAUACAACCGAUUGAGAGGCUCGCUAUUACAUUAAGAUAUUUGGCAACUGGUAAUACAUUCACUGAUCUACACUAUUCCUAUGUGAUUGGAAUUGCAACAAUUAGCGAAAUAGUAAGACAAGUUUGUUACAUAAUAUGGAUUGAACUAAAGUCUGAAUGUAUUCCACAGCUUAAUGGGAUCAAAUGGAAAGAAAUCGCAGAGGGAUUUCUCACAUAUACAAAUUUUCCUAAUUGCUUGGGUGCAAUUGAUGGAAAACAUAUAAGAGUGAUUCGGCCGCCGCACAGUGGAUCACUAUAUUUUAAUUAUAAGAAAUAUUAUUCUGUAGUGCUCCUCGCAAUGUGUGAUGCUGAUUAUAAUUUUACAUAUAUUAAUGUCGGUACCAGUGGAAGCAACGCCGAUUCAACCAUCUUUAGAAGGAGUCAAUUGUAUACGAAACUGGAAAGUAACACGUUGGGUAUCCCUGACCCGCAAGAGUUGCCUAUUAUUUGCCCCGAAGUAGCUUAUCCAUCUAGUGUAAGAGCAAAGUUGCCGUUCGUGAUAGUGGGAGACGAGGCAUUUGGUUUAUCAUCACAUGUGAUGCGGCCUUAUGCUCGUGAUAAUUUACCUUACAAAAAGAAAAUAUUUAAUUACCGUCUGUCCAGAGCUAGAAGGUACAUAGAAUGCACUUUUGGAAUUAUGUCAAAUAAAUUUAGAAUAUUUCACAGAUCCAUGAAUGUCAAGUUAGAUCUAGCACAAUUAAUAGUCAAGACGGCAUGUGUACUUCACAAUUUCAUAAGGAAACGGGAUGGCUACAAGGUCAGCCAUACAUUUGUCACAAAUGGUUUUACGGGACCACUACCCAGGCAGCAGACUGAAAGUAGUAAUACGUCGGCAAGUAAUAUCAGAGAUAUAUUUGCAGAUUACUUUAUCAAUGAAGGAAAAGUCUCCUGGCAACACCGAUAUAUAAUUAAUUAACUAAACUCAAAAGGUUUUAGAAGGUUUUUGAUGUUAUUUGUGAAUUAAAUAAUUAUGCUUAUAUUAAUAAAGUAAUGAUGCUUGUAUAAAUAAAAUAAUGAACCAAACACAUA